AUGCCGGGCUCGCCGGUACCGGGUGCUGCCAUGGGCGGUGGGCCCCGGGGCCUCCGAAAAACUUGGACCGAGCUGCUGGCGGGCAGAGUCAAGAAGCCAAAAUAUGAUCCUGAAAGGGAACAGAAAUUAAAGGAUUCCGCUCUGAGGCUCCUGAGAUACCAUCAAAACAUGCAUGACCUUUUGCUAGAGGUAGAAGAACCACGGUGUAAAACGGUGCGUCUCGGCGAGCUGAUUGGCUGCGACAGUGCCGAAGCUUCCUCCGACCGGUCCGCUUCCUUCAUCCGCUCUGCUUUUCGGGAUCAAGCCUCGAGGCUGGGAGUUCCCGUGGGCGUGCUGUCUGCCAGAGUGUUCGCUCGAAGUGUACAGCAGGUCUGCAUGGAACCCAGCCACCCUGUGCUGCUCAGCCCGGAACAAAGUAAGAAGCUGUCUUCCUCACUAGUGAUUGCUCAGCAUCUGUUGGCACACAAUAUGUUCUCCCGUCUCACCUUCUGUCAGGAAUUAUGGAAAGCACAGAAUUCUUUGUUGCUUGAAGCUGUGUGGUGUCUUCACUCGCAUAGUGUUGUGAGCCUACAGGAGCUACUGCAGAGCCAUCCUGACACGGAAGCCAUGACCACGUGGCUCUUCAAGAACCUGCGCUUCCUGUGUGAGCAGAUAGGAGCAUCCUGCCCGUCCUCCGAUACUGUGGAAGCCAUGCUUUCUGGUCUUGUGCAACUGUUAAUUUCCAGGGGAUUUCAGGAAAGCUCAGAUCCAAGAAGACUUGUCGAGCCUGAGAAGACAGCCCAGGUUGCCACUGAUGUACUGCAGAGAAUGCUGGCUUUUUCACUUGACACCCUGGAUGCUGCUCCACAGACGACUUUGGAUCACCAGGCAGUGAGUGGCUGGAUUACUGUAUACUCCGGACAUACAUGCUGUGGUAUGGUCGCAGAGGAUUCUCUGAAGAGCUUCUUCAGUCAUACGCUAACUCAGAUUCUGACGCACAAGCCUGUGCUGAAAGUGUCUGACGCCAUUCAAAUGCAGAAAGAGUGGAGCUUUGCAAAGACACACCAUCUGCUCACGGAUCUGUACUGCAGGGUUUUGGUGACACUGGGUCCAGAGGAGUCAGUUGGCCGUUUGCAGGAAGUCCUGGAGACGCAGGAGGUUAACUGGCAACAUGUGCUGUCCUGUGUGUCUACACUGGUUGUCUGCUUUCCCGAGGCGCAGCAGCUGGUUAAAGAUUGGGUGACCACUUUGAUGGCCCGGGCCUUUGAGAGCUACCACCUAGACAGCAUGGUCACUGGGUUCCUGAUUGUGCGCCAGGCUACUCUGGAGGGCCCCUAUGUGUUCCCAUCCUAUGCAGAUUGGUUCAAGGAGUCGUUUGGGAGCUCUCAUGGCUACCACAGCUGCAGCAAGAAAACACUGGUCUUCCUCUUCAAGUUCCUGUCUGACCUCGUGCCCUGGGAAGCCCCUCGGUACAUGCAGGUGCAUAUUUUCCACCCACCCCUGGUGCCAAGCAAGUACCACUCCCUCCUUACAGACUACAUCUCCUUGGCCAAGACAAGGCUUGCUGACCUCAAGGUUUCCCUGGAGAACGUGGGACUCUAUGAGGAUUUGUCGUCCCCUGGGGACAUUGCCGAGCGUGAGAGCCAAGCAGUCCAGGAUGUUAAGAAGGCCAUCAUGGUGUUUGAACAAACAGGGAAGAUCCCCAUGCCCGUCCUGGAGGCCAGCAUAUUCAGGAGGCCCUACUACGUGUCGCACUUCCUCCCCGCGCUGCUUGCACCGAGAGUGCUCCCAGAGGUUCCUGACUCCCGUGCGGCCUUUAUAGAGACCCUCAAGAGAGCAGAUAAGAUUCCCUCGUCAUUAUACGAUGCCUACCGCAGAGCCUGUGCCACUGCUAAGGAGACGCAGCCCAAAGAUGCCACCUCGGGACAAAGGACGGAACCCGACUGUGCUGACCAGCCCCUGGGACUGCUCACAGCAGCACUUGAAGAGCUCAGAGCUUUAAUGACAGACCCUACCCAGUACAGUGUCAUAUCUGCUCAGGUGGCUGUGGUUUCUGAAAGACUCAACGCUGUCCUGGGACACAGUAACGAUGACGGCAGCCACCGGAAAUUAAAGAUUCAGCUCAGUGUCCUUCCUCCCACACUCCAGAGACAGGACCAGGGGGUUGUGGAUCUCCUGCUCACAGCCUUCUGUCAGAACCUAAUGGCAGCCUCUAGCUUUGUGUCCCCAGAGAGGCAGAGCCCCUGGGCUGUCCUUUUCGUGAGGAUCCUUUGUGGACACACGCUUCUCCCUGCAAUACUCACUCGGCUCUGCCAGCUGCUCUGUCACCAGGGCCCGAGCUUGAGUGCCCCUCAUGUACUAGGCUUGGCUGCUCUUGCUGUCCAUCUGGGUGAGUGCAGGUCCAUGCUUCCAGAGGUGGAUCCAGGUGUUCUUGUUCCUGCCAGCAGCCUUUGUGUUCCUGACUUCUUAAAUACCCUCCUGACCUGCCGCACGAGGGACUCUUUGCUCUUCUGCAUGAAAUUCUGCACAGCAGCCAUUUCUUACUGUGCAUGCAAGUUCUCUGCUCAGCCCCCUGCGUCCCUGCACAACUGUUUGUCUCCAGGUCUGAUCAAAAAGUUUCAGUUCGUUGUGUUAAGAUUGUUCCCAGAGGCCAGAGCACCUUGUGCUCCAGAGCACACAGCUUAUGUCCCCUGGAGACUUCUGUACCUUCCUACUGCAGACUGGCAGAGUGCUGCGCUCUCUCUGUGGAGAUGGAACGCCUUCCAAGAGCUCUUAAAGGAGAAGGAAUUUUAUUUAACUUACAGAGAUUGGGUACAGCUGGAGUUGGAAAUUCAACCUGAAGCUGAUAUUCUCUCAGACACAGAAAGGCAUGACUUCCACCAAUGGGCAAUCUAUGAGCGCUACUUCCCAGCACCAUCGGCUCUGGGCGGCUGUGGUGGAGACCUGGAAGCGGCGUGCACAGUCCUUGUCAGCGAGCUCAUGGACUUCCACCAAAGUUCCAGGAGUUACAAGCACUCAGAGGACUCUGAUCUGGUUCUUGGUGGCCGCACAGGAAACGAGGAUAUUCUUUCUAGGCUACAGGAGAUGGCUGUGGACCUGGAGCUGGAUCAAGGUUCUGCAGAGCCCCAUGGCUGCUCUCCUCAGAGUCACUUUCUCUUUCGGGUGUUCAGAAGACGGCUGCAAGCUCUGGCAAGGGCAGACAGCAUGGCUACCAGCCUUAGGAGACAGCAAGAAGUGCUCAUGUGCAAACGGCUUCUCCUCCGCCUGCCUCCAUCUGUUCUUGUGGGCAGCCCCCAGGCCGGACAACCCGUCUCCCCCAACUGUGAAGAGUUCUUUAACCUGGUCAACUCUGAGUUGAGAAACUUCUGUUGCCACGGCAGUGUCCUGACCUACGACAUCACCACCCACUUCUUCAGGGGGCUCCUCAGUGUGUGUCUCCGAAGUCAAGAUCCAGCACUGGUGGCCAACCAGACACUGACAGAAUGCCAGACUAAGUGUCCCAUGAUUUUGACUUCAGCACUGUUGUGGUGGUCAAGCCUGGAGCCAGUGCUGUGUAGUCGGUGGAAGAAAUGCUAUCAGAGCACACUGCCUCGGGAGCUGCAGAGGCUGCAGGAGGCCCGGGAGUUUGCCAGCAAUUUCUCCUCCGACUCGGCUUCCCCGGCGCCCAGCCCCGCCUGGAUCUCCGCUGCUGCACUGCACUUUGCGACUAGAGAACUUAGGAAGGAAAAUGUCGCAGCACAUCUGAAAAGGCUGGACUGCGAAAGAGAGGAGCUGCUGACUGCCCUCCUCUUCUUCUCCUUGAUGGAUCUCCUGUCAUCCUACCUGAGCCAGCGGGACACUGCUGAGUAUCUGAUGGCUGUGGACAUCUGUGCCGAGGUCCUCAUGUGCUUGGAAAGAAGGAAGGUAUCCUGGCUGACGCUCUUCCAGUUGACAGACACAGAUGCCAAGCUAGGGCACCUCCUCCACUUGGCCCCAGAUCAGCACAGCAGGCUGCUACCACUGGCUUUCUACAGUCUGCUCUCCUUCUUCAGUGAAGGGGCCACUGUCAGGGAAGAAGCUUUCCUGCGUGUUGCUGUUGACAUGUACUUCAAGCUACUGCAGCUCUUUGUGGAUGGGGAAACCAGGAUUGUGUUACCUCAGGCCAGCAGAAGCUUAAAGCUCCAGGGCCACUCCGAGCUCCAGGGUAACCCCAUACAACUGAUGACAAAGGCACGCGUUUUUCUGCUGCAGCUAAUACCUCAGUGUCCAACACAGUGCUUCUCCAACAUGACAGAGCUGCUGGCUGGUCGAGGCGACUGUGACCCUGAGGUGAGCAACGCCCUCCGGCAAAGGCAGCAGGCUGACCCCAGCUUUGACCUCUCCCAGGAGCCUCAGCUGUUCUGACUGCACCAGCCGGCACCUUUGUAAAUAAUUUAUUGCAAGCAUAACGUGGAGCUCUUGUUACACUAGAAAGUGGAUUACAAAUCUCCUUGAUCGCUCUAGUUAGGAAAAGAAAAAUUAAUUAUUCAUAA